UACAUGUGUGUUACAUGUCACUGGAUUGAUAGUGAGUGGAAGCUGCAUAAAAGAAUUAUCUCUUUUGUUCCAGUUUGUGGUCAUAAGGGUGAUUAUAUUUCUAAAACUUUAGAAAAUUGUUUGCUUCAGUGGGGUUUAAAGAAUGUUUUUACUGUGACAAUGGAUAAUGCUGGCAGCAAUGGCACAGCUAUUGCUGCAUUUAAGAAAAAGAUGAUUGUUUGGGGCACUGAUGUAUCUAAAUGCCAGUAUUUGCAUAUGAGGUGCAUAGCUCAUGUGCUUAAUUUAGUUGUUUCUGAUGGUUUAAAAGAAAUGAACUUGUCAGUUAAGAAGGUUAGGGACUGCAUCAGAUACAUUAGGAACAGUCCUUCUAGGCUUAAAAGAUUUAAUGACCUUGCUGCUGAAGCUAACCUUGGUACAAAAAAGUCCCUUUGUCUUGAUGUCCCUACAAGGUGGAAUUCCACCUACUUAAUGCUUGAUACUGCUUGCUUAUUGAAGUCAGUUUUUGAUAGUUAUGAGGAAGUUGAUGAAAAUUUUAGAUCUGAUAUGGCUGAAAAUAUUCCUGGUUUUCUUGAUUGGCAAAUGAUUAAGAAGUUUGCUACUUGCUUGUCAUAUUUCUAUACCACAACAUUGCGUAUUUCUGGAUCCUUAUAUGUGACAUCUAACCUGCAUUUUCUAGAAAUAUGUGAUUUAUCUGUGUUGUUGGAUGAAAUGAUUUCAAGUGAAGAUUUUGAAAUUAGCCAAAUGGGCAAGAGAAUGAGGGAAAAGUUCAACAAGUACUGGGGUGACCCUCACAAGAUAAACAAAUUGAUUUUCUUUUCACAUAUUUUUGAUCCCACUUCAAAACUGAAUGAUCUGUUGUUUUCUUUAUCCAAUUUGUUUGGUGCUGAGCAUGGUCCUCUUCUGUUUGAUACUAUAAAGUCUGAGCUAACAGUUUUAUUUGAUGAGUAUCAAACUGGCUAUGUGAAUGGGGGUGCAUCUGGAAGCUUUCAGUCUGUUGGCCUUAGUCAGCCUGGUGCUGUUGUUGAUUCUGCUCAAAUGCCAAUCCUGCCACCUCCUGCUAAAAAACAUACUUCAUUGAUGAAGGCAAAAUUCAAUGAAUUUAAUAAGGAGAAUAAUACCAUGGGCAGCAAGAAAUCUGAGUUGGAAGUCUACCUGAGUGAAGCCCCGGUUGAUAAUGAUGACGGUUUUGAUAUUUUGAAGUGGUGGAAGCUGAACUCAGGUCGUUUUCCAAUCCUUUCGAGGAUGGCUCGAGAUAUACUUGCUGUCCCUAUCUCCACUGUUGCCUCUGAAUCUGCAUUUAGCACAUCUGGCAGGGUGCUUGAUUGUUUUAGGAGUUCUUUAACUCCAAAGUUGGUGGAAGCGCUGGUGUGUACUCAGGAUUGGCUCCGGGCAGAAACAACCCCUCUAGUGAUUGAGGAAUGCCUUGAUGAGCUUGAACCAUUUGAAAAAGAUUUGCCAAACUGAUGGAGUCCUUGAAGUUGGAUUCUCAGAUUUUUGUAUUUUGUUGGUGGAUGGAAGCAAAUGAAAUGGCAUGUAAUGCCUGUUCUGCUCACCCAAAGUUGUGCCUGAAUGCCUGUUUUGUUCCUGUGUGAGACUUUGCUUAAGAAUUUGAAGCUGCAUUCUGAAAACUGAAAGGACUAAAAGGUGGAAGCAAGUAAACCUUUACUGUUUUAAAUUUCAUUUUGAAGUUUUAAAUUGCAUUUAAACACUUAUAUUUCAUUUUUAAUUUUGCCUAUUAAACUUAUAAGUGUUAACUGUUUUCUAAAUGAUUUUUUCAUUCAUUUUUCAUCUGGUUUUGAAACUGCUUUCUGUAACUUGUAACUUGUAAGCUCUAUUUGAACUGCUUACUUUUAAAGUCUUUUUAGGUUCAAUUUCAAUAUAUUUUUUUAUAAGCAUUUGUUUGGGCAAUGAUGAAGCUUCCACCACUUCAAAAACUGACAUAAUAAGGCCUUCCGAUUUGCAUGAGAUGGCUCUUUUUAUUUGUAGCAACCGUGCGAACUGGAUCGCCUUAUAAUGAUAUGAAAAUAUUCCAUUCUGAGCCCCUGUUUUUCAAACUUUUUAAGCCUCCCUGAAUUUUUAAGUUAACUAUAUUUAAAAAUGAUUCUUCUUCUAUUCAUGUUUCUUCUCCAUUGUGUUUGUGUACAAUCUCCAGGAUUAUAAUCCUGUUUAUGCUCCUCCUAUUCCUGCUGCUGAUUGAUGCUGCUGGAUGCCUGAAAUGGCUUUUGAUUGAACUGCUUGAAUUUUUGUAUUCAGUUCAUUAUACUUAGUUCAUUUUGUAGUCUAUUUUUUGGACUUUUGAUGAUUGGUAUUCAGGAACACAAAUAUUUUUUGGACUUUUGGUGAUGUUAUU